GAGAAAAUUCACAUGUCGUCACAAACCCGGAAGUCACACUCAUUCAUUCUACCGGUUUCUUCAAGUUAUAGCGCAUCUCAUGGUAGCGCUAUCUUCUGGACGCACAAGAGAUGCUGCUGCUGGUCCUGGGUGCCCUCCUCCUGCUCUUCUGCAGUCUGGAUGUGUGGUACUUCCUGCGUGGUGUCCAUGUCUUUGUAGAGGCAUGGUUCCAACCCAGAAUAUGGGACAUUCUAGCUGAGCAAAGCAUUGAAGGAAUGGUCCUCCCACAUGAUUUGGACUAUAUGGGCCACAUGAACAACUCCCGAUAUCUUAGGGAGUGUGACUUUGCACGCUUCCACCAUUACAUGCGCAACGGGCUGUUCAUGGCCUCACGCAAACUGGGGGCCAAAAUGGUGGUUGGGGCCUCCACUAUACGAUACCGGCGCUCCCUGGCUUUCCGAGAGGCUUUUGAGAUCCGGACCAAAAUACUGGGAUGGGACGAGAAAGCAUUUUAUUUGGAGCAGCGCUUUGUGUCCAAGAGAGAUGGUUUUGUCUCUGCGGUUAUGCUCUGCAGGCAGAAUGUGGUUCGCUCCAGCCCAGAGAUCAUCAUCGAGUAUAUCUGCAAAAGGAAGAUCGAGUGCCCUAAGCUUCCUGAGGACCUGAAACACUGGAUCAACUACAUCUCAGCCAGCAGCCAGGCUCUGAGAGCCGAGAGCGGACUGGAAGAGAAGAACAAGUGAAGCCGCACCAUGAGUGUAGACCCAUAUCUUUUGAAUUGCACGUACACAUAUGAAAUACAUACACCCACACGAACAGUUAAAACAUCGUAGAGAGUGUUUAGUUGACUUACCAGAUUCCAUUUAUCUCAGUUUUACCAGCUGUGUAUUUUUGUAUGACGUGAACAGAAAUACUGAACUUAGGACAGCUGAAUAUAAAAAAACUUGAACUUGAAUUUAUUCCAUGUUUUAAAACGCUCCAUAUGAAUGCACUGGGAUCAUUUUGAAAGUUGUUUUCACUGAAACAAGCGAGCGAUACUGUAGUUUUAUCCGUGAAGCUUAUUUGGCAGUUGACUGUGAAUAGACCGGCUUUCAUUCUCAUUUAGCAAAAUCUUCUAACUUUAGACUAGCAUGUAGAGCAGAACUUAACCUUCCACUGACAUCGAUGCAUGUUUUAAAACAGAGGUAUAUUUUUGUGCCUGUUUACCUUUUAUUAGCCGUAGAUUCCAAUUUCAAAGAAUUAUAACUUUCUAUGGAAAAAUAGAAGGCGCAACGCAAUACCUGAAUGAAAACCAUGGACAUGUACUGACUUUUGUUUUAAUCUACCAAUCGCAUUCCGCACAAAAGCAGCCCAACUAAGUACACACAAUGAAUUCCUGUCAACAAUCUAAAUGGGAAUAUUUGAAUUAAAGGGAUUAUUUAUCAGUUCAGUAUUGUUCUUUUACUGACUUUAUGAUAGAUGCAGUUAAAGGGGAGGCUUCUUGAUUGGAAUUGGGUGUAAAUAGUAGAGAAAGUCCUUGAUUCCUGACAUGACAGGAAAAUGAUCAUAAGAGGUUUGCUGGCUACUAUUUUGGACCUUCAACGCACAAUAAGCGCUUAUGCUGGAAUUAUUUAUUGAGAGAGCCUUUUUAGAUCUAGAAGCUUCCCUUUAAUGCUUCAAAAGCAUUAGGUUGUGACCAAAGUAAUGUAUUGUUCUGAAUGAAGAUGGAAAGAAAUCAAUUCCUAAAACAUGUACCGGUAUGUCUUGCCUGUUAUUUAUGUUUUGAAUGGCACUUAUAAAAACAUCCUGUUCAGUUAUUUUUGUUUACUGACAGCUGCUGUCCUUUUAUUUUACACUUAACUUAUUUAUGUUUUAUUGAAAAGGGUUAAUGUACCAAAUAAUAUUUAUUGUGUCUGUUAAUUAUU